AUGGUUUUGGGCACGAGACGGAAAUUAGGCUGGUGCGAACUGACUUUCAUGCUCGGCAUGUUAGUUGCCUGCCCGUUGCUCACCCGCGCCGAGAUGCGUAAAUCGUGGCAGACCAAAAGUGUCGACGCGCAGGCACAGAUGCUUAAAGCUGCCCGCCUGGAAGAUCCACCACAUGCGAAACCGCCGGAACCGAGCGAUGGAACCGACACGCGCUCGGCAGCGGAGGUGUCGAAUAAUGGGGCCGUUACCGAACUGGUCGCCGCUGGUGUCAAAGCUGGCGACGAGCUUAAGGCUAAGCCUGCGGCUGUCUUCAGCAGCCGUGUGCGCAAUAAAUACGGAACCACUGGCGGAACGGCGACUGCGACGGACAAAGCAGUGGAGGUUGGUGUGACACCACAGCAGGAUGGUGUGCGUGCCGUACCGCUGGGAUAUGCGGAUAGUCCCGAGGAAAUACAAGUAGACGAUGCCACAGUACAGGACGACGAUGACGACGAUGAUGAUGAUGAGGACGACGAUGAAGAUGAUGUGCUCGGUUGGAAUGGGACCAAAGGCGACAAAGAUCGGCAGUACGAUCUGAUCGAGAACAUUCUGGAGGAGGUCGAAGGACGCAUUGCGGGGGAAAAGCGCGACGAAGCGGAAGAGGUGGUGCGAUCCAGGACGAAAAAGCCCACCGACCGGGCGAAGGAGUACACGUUCCCGCCGGUACUGAACAUGACCAUCGAUGAACCGAACAACAUCGUGAAGGUUAAGCUAAAUCAGGACAUCGUGCGUGACAUGUUAAACACUGGGCGUGAAGCGGGCGGUGGUAUCGGUGGCAAGAAGAUGCUGCGUUAUGUGUUGCCCCUGUUCAUUCUACCGUUCCUGAUCCAGUCCGCCGUCAUACCGUUCAUGCUGACCGCGGUGAAGCUGUUCCUGCUCAAAUCGCUGAUGGCGGGCAAGCUGGCCAUCUUUUUGCUGCUGCUAGGUGCGUUCAAAAACUUUACCAAAAAGGAUCGCGACGUGUACGUCAAGGAUCUGCCCGACCGGCGAUACGAACCGUCGAGCGAAGGGUUCGCCUAUCUGGCCGAGGGACGGCCCAGCGGUUGGGUCAACUAG